ACAGUUCGCUCAUUCCAGCCAGACAGCAGCUCGCCGGCGCUCCGACACACCGUGCAGGUGAACUACCAGCCACAGUUGUUUCAAUUACGGACGAGCAAUGCAGUAUUCAAUCCGCGAAGCCACCUCGGAGGACUGCAAAGACAUAGCUCGGAUGAUCAUGGAGCUGGCUAGCUAUGAGAAAAUGUCUGACCAGGUGAAGAUAACGCAGGAAGUGCUGGAGACAGACGGCUUCUCCAACCACCCCUUCUUCAAGUGCCUGAUAGCAGAGGUGCCAGAGGAGCACAAGAGCAAGGAAGGGCACAGCAAGGUGGGCUACGCGCUGUACUUCUACACCUACAGCACCUGGAAGGGCCGGGCGGUGUACAUGGAGGACUUGUAUGUCAUGCCUGAGUACAGAGGGAAAGGGCUUGGGUGUGCACUGAUGAGAAGAGUGGCUCAGGAGGGAAAGGUGGCUGGCUGCUCUCAGCUCAAUUUCGCCCUCCUGGACUGGAACACGGGUUCCCGGGACUUCUAUGUGAGCCAGGGUUGCUGGGACAUCACUGACAGCCUGGGGUACCACUUCAUGCGCUGCGAGGGGUCUGCUUUCGAGCUCCUGGCACAGGGGCAGCCCCAGGCGUGACGUGCCCUUACCAACAUGGCUGCUGUCGGAGACGUAGAAUUCAGUGCCGAAAAAGUAGAAGGAAAAAAACGUAUUUCAGCUGUUGAGCCUUUCUCAGGCGUCUCCCCGCAGCCAAAAUGUUCUUUCUUUCCAGUUUUCAGUGUGGAUUUAAUCUCUGUUUGUUCCUUUGCAGCACAGACUCCAACAGACCCGUUAUGUAACUCCAUAUGUAGCAGGAGGUCCAGUAUAUACUGGUGACAGUAGGGCAGAAUGGUCAUAGAAGCUUAUUAGGGAUCUGUAGUAUGUGUAGACUGUUUCAAAAGUGUUAGUCUGUCUAAUGUAGUUUACAUAGAGGUAGCCGUGCUUGAGAAGUACAGUAUUCUUGAACCUUCUACUGUUUACAAGUAUACAGUAUCCAUCUAAAUACAAGUGGCUAUAAUGUGGGACUCUUUAUCCUCUGUAUUUGUAGUUAGUGGUUUUAAUGGGCUCCCUGUGCCAGUUUCCUAUACCGUGUGUGAAGCAGUCCUUGGAAUUUUACUGUGUGUGCGUGGCAGUCGGUUACAAAGCUGGUAUCUCACAGUUUGACACUCUGGAAAUACAUGUGAGGAGUGGGGUGUAUUUUUGUAAUAUUUGUGUAAUAUUUUGCCGAAUUCGGGGCGUUAGAAGACCAGCGGUGGAUUUCAUUUCUGGAAGUGACAGGAGACGGGGAAUCACCCGAGGGUGCUCUGGCUGUCUGCUCAAGCUGCUGAAGCUUGGGUGUGCUUCUACCGUCUCUCAGCAAUGUCGGCCAUGACAGGCCCUCUGUAUAAUAAAGAAGGCUGCUGUA